AUGAAUAAACCUCAUACUACUACUACUACUACUACUACUACUACUACUACUACUACUACUACUACUACUACUACUACUACUACUACUCCUACUCCUACUACUACUCCUACUCCUACUCCUACUACUACUACUACUACUACUACUACUACUCCUACUCCUACUCCUACUCCUACUCCUACUCCUAGAGGGCCGAUUCAUCAUAAUAUGUGA